AUGGGUGAGCCAAGAUACGGCCGCAUCCACCUCCGCCCCACGCCUUCAGGGCCCGAGUUCCUCCCAGUUCCACCCCCAUACCCUCCUGGAAGAGGGGAAUACUAUUCCGAUGAUGAUAGAUAUACUAUGAAAGGAGAAAGACCUCCUAGGCACAUAUCUAUAACUCCCCGGACCCCUUCACCCCCGCCCGUACGCCGUCAGCGAGCUGCUUCUGGUGACCCUCCCGUAUACAUUCAAACUAUCCGCAAAGGCCGCCGUGUGGAGGAAUCAGGAACCAGUACCAGUAAGGACCCUCGAGUUCCUUCUCCUCCUCGACCUAGUCGACGGCGUCGUGAUAAGCCGGCAGAGGAGUACGACCCGGAUAACACUAUCGCUGCAUACGUUAGGGUGCCGCCUCCCAAGUCACCGCCGCCGCUCGGGGGUCGGAAGAGAUCUUCAACAAAUCGCAAGUCUCGACCGAUCACGCCAGAGGUGUCAAACCCAAGCAGCGACCAAGAGCUGCUUUCUCCUCCCACCAACGUCCGGAAUGUAUCCCCUCUUGGCAAUGCUUCUACGCAGCUGCAGCGUUCAAAGAGCGAGAGGAUUCCCAACUCCUCUAGGCCGGGUCUGACUCCGGCUUACAGCGACUGGGGGAGACGAUCCUGGUCCAACAUAUCCGGGUCGUCGUUUCUUGGCGACAAGGCGUAUCAGUACCGACCACUUGAGGAGCAGUCCAUCAGACUGAUCAGGAUCUCCCCGGAAAGAAAGACAAUGAUCAAGUGCGAAAUCAUCCACGUGUCUCUUGAGGACCCUCCUCGAUAUAUCGCCGUGUCGUACGCGUGGGGAGACCCAAGGGAUACGCGUAGGAUCGAGAUCGAAGGGUGUCCAAUCUCUGUCUCUGCUAGCCUUCAUGGCGCCUUUCAAGCACUCCGUCAAAGGGUUGAGUCAGUACUGGUGUGGGUGGAUGCGCUCUCUAUCGACCAGCAGAAUCGAGAUGAGCGAGCCCAGCAGGUCCAGCUCAUGCCAGACAUCUACUCAAAUGCCGAAUCUGUGGCGAUUUGGCUGGGCCCUGAAGAAGAUGAUAGCUCGAGCGCUGUGGACUUUCUUGGCCAAGUAGCUGCCCAGGCCAAAUACCCAGACAAGGUCUCGCGCCUUUUGACAGCUGGAGCGAGAAAUGGUGACCUCGCGGCCGUGGUAUCUCUGUUCGAAAGGGAUUACUGGAGACGACUAUGGGUUGUCCAAGAGGUCUUCAAUGCACGAGAAAUCUACGUCUAUUGUGGAACUACCAGGCUCUCCUGGGACUCGUACCAACUGGCAUCUGAUGCCUUCAGCGAGCACCGGGGCGACAUGGCCUUUCGAAAUGACCAGAUUGAAGGGAGACGCGCCGUGAUCUCACCGGAUCAGUUUAGCUACGCUCAGGUUCUGAUAUACCAAGGCCCGGCUAGCCUUCCUGACCUCCGAGCUUACAUGGAGGAUGGAGAAGGAGCUCUGCUUGAGAUCCUGCGAGCGUGUCGAAGGAAGCUUGCUUCGGAUCCAAGAGACAAGCUCUUUGGACUUCUUGGUGUCUUGCCUGAUGAGAUACGCAAUGAGUUCCGUGCCGACUAUAACCUCCCAGUCAAGGAUGUUUACACCGAAGUUGUGGACUACCUGCUCAAGACGACACAAUGUCUAGACGUUAUCUGUGAGGCCAUACACUUUCCGGUACACACGAGCUCAGCAAACUUACCCUCAUUCGUCCCGGACUGGUCACAUAUCCCGCAAACGACGUCUUUGGCCUGCAAAUUUGGCUUCUCUGCAGCAGGUUCCACCAAGGCUCGCUGCGCAUUCCUCGAUGAGCGACUGAACAAGCUGGAAAUAUCAGCCAUUCCACUCGAUACGAUAAAGAACAAAGGCAUCGCAGUCGGCACACUCUGCAACUUGGGAGACUACCUCAUGGCCUUUUUGCACUGGAGGGCCCUUCUUCUCGACAGCUUCAGACAAGAGGAUGACGAAUCCAGGCAGAGGGCGGAGGAGGAUCUGGCCACAACGUUGUCACUCGGACAGAUCCCAUCGCCAUACAACUGGCCGAGCGAGUGGCGAACGGCCUGCUACAGCAUUUUUGCCAACCUGAUCCACGAGCGACUGCCGUAUUUGCCCCUGGAUCGGACAUUGUACGACUACCUCAACGUGGCAGUUGCGGUGCGGCCUGAGGCGAGGAGGGAGUAUCUGCAGAGACAUUUUGGCGAUAGAAUGAUGGGGCGGUGCUUCUGUAUCACACAAGAACGGAGGGUCGGAAUGGGUACAGGGUUCAUGCUCCCCGGGGACCAAGUUGUCGUGCCCUUGGGUUGUUCGACACCUAUCUUAUUGAGACCUGAAGGAACCCGUGGCGAAUACCGCUUUGUGGGAGAUGUUUAUAUUAGCGGGUACAUGAAUGGGAGGGCCGCUGAACAGUGGAAAGCAGGGAAGAGGAGUCUGAAGAAGUAUGUACUUCAUUGA